AUAAAGUUCACGGAUCGCCAACGUUGCAAAUGGUCCAUAUAUACCAAACUCAAACUCCCAUUCAAUAUCUCAAAUUCGAACGUUUCCAGGUUUUCCCUCUAAAACGCUCCGUUUCGAUUUCAAAGUUUCCGAUCUCGUCUGAUUUUUGUUAAAAAUGGACGCUCCAAAGGAGAAGAAAGGUGCAGGAGGAAGAAGAGGAGGGGACAGGAAGAAGGCUGUUUCCAAGUCGACUAGGGCAGGCCUUCAAUUCCCAGUGGGUCGGAUUGCUCGUUUUCUCAAAAAGGGCCGGUAUGCUCAGAGAUAUGGUUCAGGAGCCCCGAUCUAUCUCGCUGCUGUUCUUGAGUAUCUAGCCGCUGAGGUGCUGGAACUGGCUGGUAAUGCAGCACGUGAUAACAAGAAGAACAGAAUAAACCCUAGGCACGUACUAUUAGCUGUGAGGAACGAUGAGGAGUUGGGGAAAUUGCUUCAAGGUGUGACCAUUGCUAGUGGAGGGGUGCUACCAAACAUCAACCCAGUUCUUUUGCCCAAGAAAUCUGCAGCUACCGAUAAAUCUUCUGAGCCCAAAUCCCCUAAGUCCUCCAAAAGCGCCUAAAGAUGAAUCCCACUAAUUAUGUUUUAAUUCCAAUAAUGGAAUGUAGGAUCUAGUAGUUUUUUCCCCCUUGUGAAUUUAACUAUCCUUAUGGUGCAUAAUGUAGCUGGUGAUAAAGUUUCUAAUGGAAAUUUGCCCGUUUCUGCA